UGCUUCACAUGUUGUAGUCUCUCUUGUGACAAACUAUCCACACUAUCUGAUUAUAAAUCUAGAUAAGCUCGACUACUGUGCAAGCUUGAAGAACCUUGAAACUGUCUCUGAGAAGAAAAACUACAAGUUUAUCCAGGGAGAUAUUUGUGAACCUGAUUUUAUAAAACAGCUCUUUGAAACUGAGAAAAUAGAUAUUGUCCUUCAUUUUGCAGCCCAAACACAUGUAGAUCUCUCAUUUUGGCGUGCCCUGGAGUUCACUUAUGUGAAUGUGUAUGGCACUAACGUGCUGGUUGCUGCUGCACAUGAGGCCAACGUGGAGAAGUUUGUCUACGUUAGUACAGAUGAAGUGUAUGGAGGCAGCACUGAUGGGGAAUUUGAUGAAUCCUCACCAAAACGUCCAACAAAUCCCUAUGCCUCGUCUAAAGCAGCUGCAGAGUGUUUUGUUCAGUCUUACUGGGAAAGGUACCAAUUCCCAGUUGUUAUCACACGGAGCAGUAAUGUUUAUGGACCACACCAGUAUCCAGAAAAAGUUAUUCCAAAGUUUAUAUCUUUGUUGCAACAGAACAGAAAAUGCUGUAUUCAUGGUUCUGGACUUCAAAGAAGGAAUUUCCUUUAUGCAACUGAUGUGGUCGAAGCAUUCCUUACUGUCCUGAAGGAAGGGAAGCCAGGUGAAAUUUAUAACAUUGGAACUAGCUUUGAGAUGUCCAUUGCCCAGCUUGCUAAGGAGUUAAUCCAUUUA